CCUCCCUCCCCCCUCCGUGUGACUCGGAGCUGAGGUGGCCGCCAUCUUGUCCACCAGCCAAACCAUCCGCCGCCGCUGCUGCCGGGCUUUUGAGGCCUUGCGGGGAGAAAGCUCCGAAGCGGCCUCCUCCUCCCGCCUCCCCGCGUAGGGGCAGAGUGGAUGCCGGGUCCUUCCCCGGGUCCGUGCUGCUGAAGACCUCGGAGCCGGGCUCCUCGGGGAUGGGCCGCUCCCGCUCGCGGAGCUCGUCGCACUCGAAGCGCGUCAAGAGCUCCAAGCACAACAAGAAGAACCGGAGCCGCUCCCGGUCCCGCUCCCGGGAGAAAGAGAGGGCGAGGAAGCGCUCCAAGUCCCGGGAGAGCAAGCGGAGCCGGCGGAGGGAGUCCCGCUCCAGGUCCCGCUCCAACACCGCGCCGUCCAGGAGGGACCGCGAGAGGGAGAGGGAGCGGGAGAGGGCCUCCUCCCCGCCCGACCGCAUCGACAUCUUCGGCCGGACCGUCAGCAAGCGCAGCAGCCUGGACGAGAAGCAGAAGCGCGAGGAGGAGGAGAAGAAGGCCGAGUUCGAGAGGCAGAGGAAAAUCCGGCAGCAAGAAAUAGAAGAGAAGCUUAUUGAGGAAGAGACGGCUCGAAGAGUGGAGGAACUUGUAGCAAAGCGGGUAGAAGAAGAACUGGAGAAACGGAAAGAUGAGAUUGAGCGGGAAGUUCUGCGCAGGGUGGAGGAGGCUAAGCGCAUCAUGGAAAAACAGUUGCUCGAAGAACUCGAGCGACAGCGACAAGCUGAACUUGCAGCACAAAAGGCUAGAGAGGAGGAAGAGCGUGCAAAGCGUGAGGAGCUAGAACGAAUACUAGAAGAGAAUAAUCGAAAAAUUGCAGAAGCACAAGCUAAAUUGGCUGAAGAACAAUUGAAAAUUGUUGAAGAACAAAGAAAAAUUCAUGAGGAGAGGAUGAAACUAGAACAAGAGAGGCAACGUCAGCAAAAGGAAGAGCAAAAAAUGAUCCUAGGCAAGGGAAAGUCUAGGCCGAAACUGUCAUUCUCACUAAAGAGUCAGGAUUAAAUUUCAGCUCUGAACUCUAAUGGAAAAUGAAACAAAACUUUGUAUAGUAGCUUCAUGUUGAAGUGUUUUUUUAUUUUAUUUUCUUUCGUGAUUUUUUCUUUUCUUUUUGGACAUCUGAAAAGUUAGCUUGUUCUAAUAGGGGCUGUGCUCUACAUCUCUCUUAUUUUAAUGUCUGUUGAGUUAAAUCCUUAUCAGAUCAUUGUCUUCUUAAAGAAUAAAUCUGUUUUGAUUCUAUGAUAAAAUGACUUGAUGCAGGUCAGGUCAUUUUAUGAAUUAUGGUAUGGUCUGAUAAGGUUUUUACUGACCCACUGAUCUCAGAGUUAUACUCUGAUGUUAAUUUUUAAUGCUGGUUUGCUGACUUCUUAAAAAAAAGUUUGGCAAAAGUAUUGGUAAAUUCCCACAGUGUACUGGAUCCUCAGUGGUUUGUUAUAUCGGUGUCUUAUGAUACUAUCCCACUAUUGUGCUUGAUGUUCCUGAUACAGGUAAGGAAAAAGUUGGUCAGUGUUGGCUGGAGAUGUGUAAAGGGAGUUCAGUAUUGUCUCUGCUAGAAUUGUUUUUAUUCCAGUGGUAAAAUUCAACCAGCAUUCCCAAUUGUGUAAAUAAACCAAUUUGCCGAAUAAAGUGAAGUCUUAAAUUCA